CGGCCGCCUUAGCAGUCCUCGGUCCGCCGCGGUUCCUGGGGGUCUGCCCGGCCUCUGGGGGAUCCGCCAGCGGCGCCCGCCGCGGCUAGGCUGAGCCGGGCCGGCCCGCCGCCAUGUUCACCAGCACCGGCUCCAACGGGCUUUAUAAAGCACCGUUGUCAAAGAGUCUCUUACUAGUCCCAAGUGCCGUCUCGAUUCUAUUGACUCUGCUCUUCCAACAUUAUCAGAAGUUCUUUGCAUAUAACCUACAAGCUAUAAAAGAGGAUUUGCAGGUUUGGAGACUUAUAUGUGGGAGAACAGUAUGUCUUGAUUUGAAAGACACAUUCUGUAGCAGCCUGCUCAUUUACAACUUUAGAAUAUUUGAAAGAAGAUAUGGCAGCAGAAAAUUUUCAUCAUUUUUACUGGGUGCUUGGAUGCUCUCAGCAUUGUUUGAUCUUCUCCUUGUAGAAGCUGCUCAGUAUAUAUUUGGCAUCACCAUUAACAGCUUGCCUUCUGGUUUCUUGGGUCCUGUGUUUGCACUGUUUGUACCGUUUUAUUCCUCCAUUCCAAGAGUGCAAGUGGCACAAGUGUUAGGCCACUUUUCUAUCACAAACAAGACACUGGUCUACAUACUGGGUUUACAGCUUUUAACCUCUGGUUCCUACAUCUGGAUUUUAGCCUUAAGUGGAUUGGUUUCUGGGAUCUUCUACAAUAGCAGUAUAUUAAAAAUUCAUCGAAUCCUUUGUGUACCCAGCUGGGUAGCAAAGAUAUUUUCUUGGACUCUCGAACCAAUCUUCUCAUCUGCGGAACCAACGAACGAAGCUCGAGUGGGAAUGGGAGCAACAGUUGACAUCCAGAGGCAGCAGAGAAUGGAGUUACUGGAUCGGCAGAUCAUGAUGUCUCAGGUUGCCCAAAUGCGACGGCAAAGGCAGCAGCAGGGUGGGAUGAUUAACUGGAAUAGACUGUUUCCUCCUUUACGUCAUAGACAUAAUGCGAAUUACCAAGAUCAUCGCCCAUCAGAACAAGACACACCUCCACCUACUGAGGUUUCGGAAGAGCAGGUUGCACGACUUAUGGAAAUGGGAUUUUCCAGGGGAGAUGCCCUAGAAGCACUGAGGGCUUCAAAUAAUGACUUAAACGUAGCCACUAAUUUUCUACUGCAGCACUGAUGGUUUUCUGUGUGAAAGAACUUCACUUGAUGGGUUUGUACGUCUGAAAGAGGAUCAAAGCCACCUGCUGGACAGACUCACGAAAGUCGUCCCAACAAGAGCAUCAGAAAAGAGAAGCUGGCUCCAGGUGACUGGUGACUCAAAGUGAUGUUAAGGAAAGAUGUGAACUGCUCCCAAACCUUCAGACCACUUGGUGGUUUCUAGUCAGGUUAUCCUUUUCAAAGUAACUUUAGUUUCUACUUAUUACUGGAUAUCACCUAAAUUUAUUUUUAAAAUAAAGGAGGUGUGGGUUUUUUCUCUUGUAAAGCCUUCUUAGACGUUAUCAGACUUAAUAAUUAGGAAAAGAAACUCCAAAACCCACAACAACUACAUUUACCUAUCAAGAAAAAUUGUAUUUUCACCAUUUACCAGCCUAAUUUCUCUAGCUCACAUACUGCUUUACAGUAUCUGAUUUUUUUUUUUAUCACAAUAAUAAGAGGUUUGGAGAUUAUUUCAUUUUCAACUCAGCAAAGGGUUAUGGGACUAGUAGGUCGCUCUUUGGCAAGCUUUCUUAAUGCCUGUAAUACUUUAUUUCUUGAAUUCCUUUUCAAGUAAAAGUUGUCCUUCAGCACAUACUACACAGAUAGGAUGAGAGACAAUUCAUGUGCGUGUUGCACAUGUGCCAAGUGGCCACUGUACAUUGAAAUUUUUGCAAAUUGAUUGAAUUGCUGUUCAGAUUGCAGGUCAUGAAGAUACUCACUGGAAGCAAUAAAGGUGAAUUGAAUGAUACAGUAAGAUCAGAACUACUGAGAUUAUUUCAAUGACUUCCAUGUCUAAUUCAGACAGACUUCUGUAAUGAUGGCUGUAUGCUCAGCGUCCAAUUGCUGGUUUCAUUUUUUUGAGCAGGCUACAUACUGUCUUAAAACAAGAUUAUAAAAAGCUAACUUUUCUAUAUAUAGUUCUAGUUUUGUACUGUCAAAGGUGUGGGUGGUGCUGCAUUUGCUGAAUCUUCACCGUCUGAAGCAACUCACUGUUGAUCACAGACUGGAACAUUAACCUUAGGGAUGAUUGAGGCCAACACAGGAGGGAACAGGACAGUAAUGCCGAAGUGGUACAAUACUGGGUUUGAAGUUCAGACUGAUAAAUAAGCUUGUGUGACUUGACUCUCAGAAAUGCUCAGUAUUAGCAACUCCUUAGGAACCUCAGGAGAUGAGAUGGAAGGAGGUGAACAUCUCUAUAAAACCAAGCAGUAAUACAAUAUUCCAAACUGCAACUCUCUAAAACCAAUCUACACAUGUAUCUCGAGCAUUUAAUGUAUGUUUCUGUAUGUACUUGUGUUUGUAUAUUGUGUGUAUAUGUGUCUGUUUAUACACACAGAGGCAUAUUUAAUACAUGCAUACAUUUAGAAUUAAGGUAGAGGCCAUCAGAAACAUAACAAAUGCAACAGCAGGUGCAGAGGGCAAGAGGUGAAAGAAUACAGGAGAAGGAAGGAUGGUUUGGAAAUCCAAAUGAACAUGUGUGUACCAAAGUACAGCUCUGUGCAGUCUCACGUGCUUUGAAAGACAUACCAGGGAAUUCCAGGACAAGAUUUAGGGAGAGAGAGAGAGAGAGAGA